UGGAUUUAUCCAGGAAUUUCACUAGGAAUUUUCCUAGGGAUUCUUUCAAGAAAUCCUAUCAGCAAAAGAGAUAAUUGAGUGUACCGAGUUAAAUCUGCUGUUGAGAACUCAGUAAAAAGAUGGGGAAUACCGAGCUAAUCUUAGUUUCCAUACCUACUGGAGUUUCACCAGAAGUUUCCGAUAAAUUCAACCUGCAAACAUUCUAUACUCCACCUCUGACGUCAUUUUACAUAUUGCGGCGUCAUCGCAACGCAAACAACCCAACAGGCAGUUUUCAAUCCACCUCUCUAUGCAGAGUUCGCACUGAUUGUCGACUCGCACAGGGGUAUCGUCGAACGUUCGGCUGAUUCGGUCAGUCUCCAUCCGGUAGUGCGUAAAGUGAGUUGCAUAGUGUGCCGUAGUGCGUCUCCCAUUAGGCUGUCCUUCUGAAUAAACUUUUCCAAUCUGGGCAUUCCAGUGUUCGAAGGCAAAUUAGGCUUAGCCACUCGUGCAUGAAGUGACUUAAACUUAGUGAGGGUUGUUACCCGUACCGUGAGGCAGGUUAUUUCGGUAUUUUCCGGUGGAAGUAUUCAGCUAUCGGAACUUAUAUCAAUCGGUGAAAAGCCAAAGCGAGUCAGUGCUUUGAACUUAAAAGAAGACAAAUCUGCUUACUGAAUUAUUGAGAACGGAAAUCGAGUGUAUUUAGUGCGUGAAGUGAGUUUAUUAUACUAUCAAUCCAGAAUGCAGUAGCCACAAUGAAGCGUGGCAGAACAGAAGAAAUUCAGUUCGGGCAGCCCCCUCGAACGGGUGGGACUGCCCCACACCAGCGGUUGAUAACGACCAGCCAGCCGCAUAAUCCCGGGCCGACGAUACAGUAUCAGAUAUCGCCAAAUGUGAUUAAAACAACCGCGCCCGCCGAUUUGGUGGCCAAUCUGAGUCAAUCUCAGACGCAACAGCAGCAGCAGCAAGUUCAACAACAGCAAACUGUGACCCAGCAAAGUCAGCAGCAAUCGCAGGUGUCCCAACAGGGACCACUGCCACCGUCCCAGCAACAACCCAGCGUGCAGUACACUACAU